AUCAUGUGAGUGCUUUUUUUCUUAUUUUAGAAUCUUCAAACCAUCGUUAUACGUUCUGCAAAUAAUUGGAUAAUGCUCCUUCGUUUAGCGUUUGCGCGAAGAUUUCAAGACUGUGCGUCGUAAAGGCGAUUCUAUAAAACAUACGAUAUGAAGAAUUUAAGGAAGCAUAAAAGCACGUAAUGUGCGGCGAUUGUAAACAUGAUGGAUUGCGCGUGUACGUUUAUGCGUGCUUGGCACACCGCUUUGAUAACCGCGCGCAUUAUUUUCAAAUAGUUAGCAAAUGAAGAUAUGUGGAUCUACAGAUUGAUUUUUGUCUCGUUGAUUGUUGAUUGAUAACGCGUGUAUCUUAGUGUGCGUGAAUCGUUCUCUAAACAGGAAUAUAUCUCUUGUAUAUUUGUUAGUUUCAAUAUAGUUUAGAAGCAGAACUUUUCACGUUGUGUUUACUUACACGGAGUUAUGCGGGCUCUGCGUUACAUUUGACUAACAGCAUAACAAAACGAAAAGAGAAUCGAUAGUUCGGGGGAGAAGAUGUAUUCGGUGUGCUUGACGGUUUUUCUCGUCGUGUCGAUAUGCAGCUUGACCGCUCAGCAGCCAACGUUCUUCAGAAGCACAACAUUCAAGGGGUUGAGCGGUCUCGCGCCAAGUGCCGUCGCGCUCGCAAAGGACGAGGUACGAGCGGUUUAUUAUCACGAACAGACGGUGGCAGUGGUCGAUCUUGGUCCGAGAAAUGAACUACAUGACUGCAAUAUAAUCGAAGUAUACGAGCCGUCCGAGGCUACGGAUGUUUUGCGAAACUUGUCUAUGACUGCGCGUCCGCAAGUAGUGUCCUUCCAGGAGAUAACGAGACUCAUGCAACAGUGCGAAUUGUUAGACGGACUACAAGUGGAGGCCACGUCCACCUUGCCUACAAAUGCAUUGAGUAGAGGGACUCGUAUAGCCGCGAGUUCCAUCACUCUGUUCUCCGGUAUUUUGCCAGGCACAAAAUGGUGCGGUACGGGCGACUUAGCCGAGAAUUAUCACGAUUUGGGCGAUCUACCUCACAUUGACAGGUGUUGUCGUAACCACGAUCUCUGCCCAAUAAAAGUACGAGCUCAGCAAACCCGAUACAACCUCACUAACUACUCCCUGUACACUAAAUCACAUUGUACUUGCGACCAAGCACUUUAUCAAUGUUUAAAAGCUGCCAACCAUCCAACGGCGAAUUUGAUGGGGCAGAUAUAUUUCAAUAUCGUCAAGGUGCCGUGUAUAGAAGACAUAGGAAGAAAUCGAUAUUCUUCCUCAGAUCCAUUAAGAAAAUUUGUACCUGUGAAAAGGGUAUAUUAACUAAAAGAUAUUAGCAGCAUAUAUAGACAAAAUUUUAUAUUCAGAAACUUUAUAUAUAUAUAUAUAUGCUCCG